CAUAAUUUGAUGCAAAGUAAUUCACAUUUCGGUGAAAAGCUAUUGCAUAUAGAGCCAGAGGGGUCGGUUGGCACCAUCUGAGGGCAUCUGAGGGGAAUAAUGAUGAUAAUCUCAGAAUGAGUUUUUGCAAGGUACAACACCCUAGAAUUUUGCAAAGGCUAAAAUGUGGCAAAAGGCUAUUGUGAUGUUGGUAAUUCUGGGCUUCACUAGUCAGACUGAUGACAUUGAAUUCAAUAGUGACCUACUGAGGAACCACCUCCUUCUGCAAGAUAGUGACACUUAUUCCAGUUUUGUCAAAAAAUACAAUGAUAAUCUUGAAGAUGGUGUAUUUGAAGAGAAGUCAGGUCUCCUGAAAGACAGAGCCCCUGCUACCAAUUUUGUCACCCAGGACAAUGACAUAGAUUCUGAGUACAUGUUGGUUUCUACGAAGAUCAAUUCUGACCUUACAGGCACAUUGCUGCCACCUUACAGAGAGGCACAUGCAAAGAAGGAGAAUGACACCCCAAGAGAGCAGCCAGUAAAAAGAUUUCGGCGGGAAACUAUAGUCAAUGAGGGUUCAGGAAUGUCUGGAGGUGAAAGUGUAGAGGAGGGUUCAGGAAUGUCUGAAGGUGAAAGUGUAGAAGAGGGUUCAGGAAUGUCUGGAGGUGAAAGUGAAGAGGACGGUUCAGGAAUGUCUGGAGGUGAAAGUGAAGAGGACGGUUCAGGAAUGUCUGGAGGUGAAAGUGUAGAGGAGGGUUCAGGAAUGUCCGAAGGUGAAGAUGUAGAGGACGGUUCAGGAAUGUCUGAAGGUGAAAGUGUAGAAGAGGGUUCAGGAAUGGCUGAAGGUGAAAGUGUAGAAGAGGGUUCAGGAAUGUCUGGAGGUGAAAGUGAAGAGGACGGUUCAGGAAUGUCUGGAGGUGAAAGUGUAGAGAACGGUUCAGGAAUGUCUGGAGGUGAAAGUGUAGAGGAGGGUUCAGGAAUGUCUGGAAGUGAAAGUGAAGAGGACGGUUCAGGAAUGUCUGGAGGUGAAAGUGUAGAAGAGGGUUCAGGAAUGUCCGAAGGUGAAGAUGUAGAGGACGGUUCAGGAAUGUCUGAAGGUGAAAGUGUAGAAGAGGGUUCAGGAAUGUCUGAAGGUGAAAGUGUAGAAGAGGGUUCAGGAAUGUCCGGAGGUGAAAGUGAAGAGGACGGUUCAGGAAUGUCUGGAGGUGAAACUCCUACCACUACCCCAGCCCCUGCUACUACUAUAACAACCACAAAUAGGGCGACAUCAGCAACCACAGAUGGGGCAACACAAGCAGCCACAGAUGGGGCAACACCAGCAACCACAAAUAGGGCAACACCAGCAACCACAGAUGGGGCGACACCAGCAACCUCAGAUGGGGCGACACCAGCAACCACAGAUGGGGCGACACCAGCAACCACAGAUGGGGCGACACCAGCAACCACAGAUGGGGCGACACCAGCAACCACAGAUGGGGCAACACAAGCACAAGCAGACGGGACAACUCAAGUAGCUGAAACUGGGACAACACUCGUAACCACAGAUGGGGCAACACAAGCAACUACAACUGGAAUAACACAAGAAGCUACAACUGGAGUAACGCAAGCAGCUACACCUGAAGUAACGCAAGCAGCUACACCUGGAGUAACGCAAGCUGCUACACCUGGAGGGACGCAAGCUGCUACAACUAGUGUAACACAAUCCAAUACAAGUGAAAUGACACAGUCAACAACUACUACAACCAUUGCAACAACUACACCUCGUCCCGCUCCUACUAUUGUAUUUCAGGCUGUUAUUGUCAUAGUAUUUACACCAGCUCUUAACAACCCUCAGAGCCCAGAGUUCCGGCAGCAAGCAUUGCAGGUUGAAAGUGCAUGUGAUGUGAUCUAUAGUGCACGUUACGGUGCAUUGUUUGUGCGGACUAUUGUUAUAGCGUUCAGGGUGUCAACUCGUAACCGAAUGGAUGAGGUUGAGACAGAUGUUGAACUUGUGUUCAAUGCAGAUUCAACAGAACCCCUUCCUCAAAGUGACGAUGUGGUUAAUACCUUGGUUGCCGCAGUGGAUGACCCCAAUUCAGGCUUUAAUCUGACUGUGGAUACUACUUCCAUUGUUGUUACAAGUGCACCUCGCUCAACGGCCAUUCCUCAAUUUCGCACCAGUGAAAUUUUUACAGCUGAUCUUUCCAACUCCAGUUCAGGUGCCUUCCAGAACAGAUCUUCACUCAUCAAAAGAGAGCUUGAGCCCUUUUUCACUGAAGACUUCCAGCCAAAUUUCAUCAGCCUCACACCAAGAAACUUCAGAAAUGGCUCAAUUAUCCACACAACGGACAUUACCGUGACUGCCGAUGCCACAUUCCCCAGUGAUCCACAGAUUAUAGCUACUUUGACUAGAGCAGCCUUGAGUGGAGCUUUGCCAUUUACCAUCACCUUCAUCAAUGGCACAGCUGUAGCAACACCAUCAACCACAACUGGACCACCACAAUCAAACACGUCUCAAGUAACACAGUCAACCACACCUGGACUACCACAAUCAAACACAUCUCAAGUAACACAGGCAAACACAACUGAACCACCACUAUCAAACACAUCUCAAAUAACACAGACAACCACAACUGGACCACCACAAUCAAACACAUCUCAAGUAACACAGGCAAACACAACUGAACCACCACAAUCAAACACAUCUCAAAUAACACAGACAACCACAACUGGACCACCACAAUCAAACAUAUCUCAAGUAACACAGUCAACCACAACUGGACUACCACAAUCAAACACGUCUCAAGUAACACAGUCAGCCACAACUCCAUCACAAUCAAACACGUCUCAAGUAUCACAGUCAACCACAACUGGACUACCACAAUCAAACAUAUCUCAAGUAACACAGGCAACAACUGGAACAACACAAUCGACCACAAACACAACUACUUCACCUGCCACCACUAAUACAACUUUUACUACUACAUCUCCUAUCAUAACUAUGACAACCCAAGCCCCUAAUACAACUACCCAAGCCCCUACUACAACAAUAACAACCGAAGCCUCCACUACAACCACUACAACAACAACCCAAGCCCCUACUACAACUAAUACAACAACAACAACCCAAGUCCCUACUACCACAACUACAACUAUAACAACAACAACAACGACAACCCAAGCCCCUACUACUUCAACCACCACAGCCACUACAAUUCCCAUAACUACAACUCGUCCAGCUCCUAUUAUUGCAUUGCGGGCUGUUAUUGUCAUCGUAUUUACAGAAGCUCUUACAAACACCCAAAGCCCAGAGUUCCGGCAGCAAGCAACAGAGGUUGAACGUGCAUGUGAUGUGAUAUAUAAUGCACGUUACGGUGUAUUGUUUGUGCGGACUAUUGUUAUAGCAUUCAGUCUGUCUCGUAACCGAAUGGACAAUGUUGAGACAGAUAUUCAACUUGUGUUCAACGAGGAUUCAACGGAACCCCUUCCUCAAAGUUCUGAUGUGGUUAAUACCUUGGUUACCGCAGUGAACGACCCCAAUUCAGGCUUCGAUCUGACUGUGCUACCUGACUCCAUAAUGGUUACAAGUGCCCCCCGCUCAACAACCAUUCCCCAAUUCCGCACCGAUGACACUUUUACUGCUAUUCUUUCUGACACCACCUCCAAUGCCUUCCGUGCCAGAUCCUCACUCAUCAAAACAGAGCUUGAACCGUUUUUCCUCAAAGAUUUCCAAGAUUUCAUAAGCCUCACGCCAACAAGCUUCAGCAAUGGUUCAAUUAUUCAUUCAACAAACCUUACCGUGACUGCCGAUGGCACAUUCCCCAAUGACACACAGAUUAUUGCCACAUUGACUAGAGCUGCGUUGAGUGGAAAUGUGUCUUUUACCAUCAUCUCCAUCAAUGGCACAGCGUUGUCAGCGGGUGAAGUCAGCAGCAGUAUUAACCUCCUGAGUGCCUGUGGGCUCACCAUCCUGUCACUCCUUAGUAGACCCUGAGAUCUCUCAUUUCUGAACUUGAUUACAUGAAUCUUAAUGUUAUGAAGUGGAAGCCCUCCACCUACUGUGGCACAGUCACUUUUGCCCUGUAAUUUUGAGUUAUAUUGCAGAAACAAGGCAGACAACUAUAUCUCAUAUCCCUAUUAAUUUGUGUCUGUUAGUGGCAAGUUGUGUUAUUGACUUUACAAAUAUUUAUAUUUUCUAAACAUGUAUAUUAUUGCACUAUUUACAUUCAAUAUGCAUAAUGUAAAACAAUAUCUAUAAGUAUACUUAUUGUGCAUUCAAAAUGACCAAGACAUGUGAUGAAGUAACUUUGUUUAACACAUAAUCUACUUGAAAAAAUUCACUUGACUAUGUAAAGCACAUUACACA